GACCAGGCGGAUGGCCAGAAAAUUGCUGGCCGAGGCGGCGUUGCUGUGGAGCUAGGCCCUGGCGAGAGCGACGGCGUCAAGGACGUCUGCGUGAAGGUCACGUGGCAGGGGCUGCUCGACGAGGUGGCCAGGGCGCCAGGGCGCGAGGACCUCGGCGACACCGCCCUCGAGGCGCUGCGGGGGCUGCUCGCGCGGCGGCCUCGCGGGCGCCGCGUGCUACCAGCUGCGGCUGCGCUCGCGCCCGGCGGCCGACGCGGACCCCGAGCCGUGGGAGGACCGGGCUGGAGCCGCAGCCCCUCGCCGCGGCGCGGGCCGCCGCGCCCGAGGAGA